UUUGUGAGACAAAAAAAAGCACAAUGACUAUGUCUAUUCUGUAUGACUUGGCCCGCGGCCAACCGUUUGGCCAAUAGACGAAGACGAGAGAAAAUAUUUGACAACAGUAGAGUGUACAUCACGCCCUUAUCAGCAAACGGAAGAGGAGUGCUUGGAGUGAAGUCCAACAGACACACAGACACACAGAUGCACACACACACACACUCACACACCCCUGAGGAUAAAAUCUCCACCGUCAUAUUCUUCGCAAACAGCACGACUCGGCUACUUCCUCAGACAUGGAACAUGAACCGAUUACCAUUGAGUACUUUCCAAACAAACAGUCUAUGUGGUGGGGAACUCUUGGGACCGUACGCCCGUUCCUGCCGUUCGAUCCGGUCAUGGAUGCACGUCAGAUCUGCACGGCUCUGGAUCAGAAAAAUGCUGAUGUCAUGACCCUGGUAAAGAUCCUAACCAACAGGACCAACGCCCAAAGACAGGGCAUCGCUUCGGCCUACAAAAACCAAACUCAGAAGGAUCUCAGUCCAGUUUUGAAGAAAGGCCUGUCGGGAGCCGUGCAGGAGCUCCUGCUGGCUCUGAUGAUGACUCCGGCUUGCUUUGAUGCCCAUCGCCUUCGACAGUCCAUGGAGGGUCUCGGGACGGACGAGGAAGCGCUUCUGGAGGUUUUGUGCACCAGAUCAUCCGACCAACUCCGAAAUAUCACUAUAGCGUACCGUGAAGAGUACGGCCGUUAUUUGGAGAACGAUCUGAUCAGUGAGACGAGUAAAGACUUUACCAAACUGGUGCUGGCAAUACUGAAGAAGGAGGAGAUGAACAUGCUCGGCAAGAUUGAUUAUAAGCUCAUUGAUCAAGACGUCAUGGGACUUUCAGACGCUGUCGCUGGAAAGAAAUCUAACCCUGAGACCUGGAUUCAGGUGCUCACGUCACGCAAUUCUGACCAUCUCAACAGAGUGCUUUCUAAGCUCGAGGUUCAGAAAGGUGAGGCGGUGGAUAAAACCAUCCAGAAAAACUUCUCAGGAGACUUGCGGUUGGGUCUGCAGAUUUUGGUUCAAACGAUCCAAAACACACCGCUUUUCUUGGCCCAGCGCUUACACACCUGCAUGAAGAAAAAUGCUGUGGUGCGUGGAAUCAUGGUGGCUCGGAGCGAAGAGGACCUCCUGAGGGUCAGGGUCGAGUUCCGCAAGCUGACCAAUCAGUCCCUUUAUUCCACUUUACAGAAAGAAUUCAAAGGCGAUCUUCAGAUGGCUCUUCUAGCUUUGUGUCGAUCUGAGGAUGGGUAGAGGAACGAGGCACGGAAGUAACGCCUGGAUUCCGAGUUCGGUUUUCAAUGCCUAAAGACACAUUUUUAAAGACUUGGAUCAAAGCAUAAUAAUGAGAAAUAUCAAAGCAUUUAUAUCAAAGCAUAUCAAAUAUCAAAGCAUAAUAAUGAGAAAACAGGAAAUGACUCGCUUCAUGGAUGCUCUGAGACUUUAACGUGUAACUAUUUAUAGAUAAAAACUAUGCUGUAUUGAAUAAUAUUUUUAAAUAAAUAAUAAAAAUGGAAUUGAUGGUCAACUGCUAUGGUACAGAAUGAAAUAAAACACUUUGGAAUGUACUGUUAAAGGAAAAUUAUGAUAUCAGCAUUGGGGUGGGAUCAGUAUUUCUACUCUAUGUGAUUGAUUAUUUCCCUAUAAAAGCAUGCCUUCAAGUGAUGUAUUUCUUAUAUAUUAUCUCAGUUUGUGAUGCUGUUUGUCUUUUAAGGGUAAUAAAAACUGCUUAUAAUUAUGUUCUUUAUGUUCUGAGUAAAAAAAUUUACAAUAUUUAUAUAUUAAUCUUUCUGAUUAAAAUGUUUGGUAUUGUAAGUGCUUUUAAA